UAUGUGCAGGUUGACAUAGAAAAUGUCGCAAACGAUCAUUUUUUGCGAAGAAUUUUAUGGACGGACGAAUGUACGUUCCGAAGUGAUGGCCGUAUCAAUCGCUAUAACGAGCAUUAUUACGCCAAGGAAAAUCCCCAUUGUCGAAAAGAAACACACGUGCAAGACCAUUACAGUAUUAAUGUUUGGAUGGGGAUUUUGGACAAUGCUGUCAUCGGGCCGCAUUUUUUUGAAGAAGGUGUUAAUGUUACGGCGGAAGUUUAUGCAGAAUUUCUGGCAGAAACUCUGCCAAAUUUAUUAAACAAUAUUUCGCAAGACCAAUUAAAUAUUCCGCAGAAUCAAAUAAUCUUGCAACAAGACGGUCAUCCGGCGCACACAUCACUUUUAGCAAGAGGAGUGCUAAAUGAAAUAUAUCCAGAUAGAUGGAUUGGAAUCCACAGCAAUCGUCACGAGUGGCCACCGCGAUCACCUGAUCUCACACCUAUGGAUUUUUUUGCAUGGGGAUUCAUACGAGAUCAGGUGUAUCAAACGUUACCACGCACUCGUGAAGAGUUGAUGGAGAAAAUUAGAGCGGCCAGUCGGAAUAUAACGUCCGCAAUGUUAAGCAACGUGCGGCAAAGUAUUAUGCGAAGAGUUGCAUUAUGUUUAGAAGAAACUGGCGGUUACUUCGAACAUAUGUUGUAAAAAUUAAUAAAUAGUUUAUAUA